GAAAUCCAAGAUGGCGGCGCCCUUGGUGAAGUUGUGAUUGAGAGAAACAGGUCGUUUAUUUUGUUUUUUAACAGCAGAACGGGGUGUUUUUCACAUUAAUAAUAAGUUUUAUGGUUGUGUGAGGACGGCGCGGAAACAGAGGACCUGAAAAUAAGACAGAUUCCAACAGGAAGAAGUUUUAUGUCCUCUCCAUGUUCCCGUAYCCGUCGGGGCGACUGCACAUGGGUCACGUGCGAGUUUACACCAUCAGCGACGUCAUCGGUCACUUCCAGAGAAUGAGAGGCUGUAAGGUGAUGAAUCCUAUGGGCUGGGACGCUUUUGGACUUCCUGCUGAGAACGCAGCCAUUGAAAGAGGAUUGAACCCAGAGGAGUGGACCAAAAGCAACAUUCAGUUUAUGAGGGAGCAGCUGGACAGCCUUGGGUUGUGCUUCAACUGGGACCGGGAAGUCACCACUUGUCUCCCAGACUACUACAAAUGGACCCAGUAUUUGUUUGUCAAGCUUUUUGAAGCAGGACUGGCAUAUCAGAAAGAGGCUUUUGUGAACUGGGACCCCGUUGAUCAGACGGUGCUGGCAGAUGAGCAGGUGGACGAAAACGGUCGAUCCUGGAGAUCCGGAGUUCUGGUGGAGCGGAAGCUGCUCACGCAGUGGUUCAUCAAGACUACAAACUACGCUAAGCCUCUCUUGGAUGCACUGGAGGAACUCCCGGAGUGGUACGGGGUCAAAAGCAUGCAGGCGAACUGGCUCGGAGAGUGCACYGGCUGCUACUUCGAUUUCAAGCUCAAGGUCAGUGGCGAGGAGACGGGGGAGACCCUGCCAGCCUACAGCUCCUCCCCUGAGACGGUGUUCGGGGCGGCUUACCUGGCCAUCCUGCCCUCGCACAGACUGCUGCACGGGAGCAGCUCGGUCCGCUCUGUGCUGCAGAAAGCCUUACAGCCUGGCAGAGCAGACUGCCUCACGGAGGUCACAGCUCAGAACGUGUUGACUGGCCUCGAGGUUCCUGUGAUCAUCUCUCACAAAGAGGCAUUCGAUGGCAAUCUGGACACUGUUAUUGGCGUUCCAGACUGCAGUGAGGAAGAUCUGUCCGUGGCCAAAGCUCUGAAUCUGAGUUGGACUCCGGUGCUGAAAACCAACGAUGACGGGACACAAACUGUGAUCAAUUCUAAAGAGUUUUCAGACCUCACCAGGGAGCAGGCCUUUCACUCCAUUACCCAGAAGGCCAGAUCUCAACGGGUCGGAGGCCACCUUACCAGCUCCAAGCUCAAGGACUGGUUGAUAUCUCGACAGCGGUACUGGGGCACGCCCAUCCCUGUGGUGCACUGUGGCUCUUGUGGAGCUGUUGCAGUCCCUGAGGAGGAGUUACCCGUCACUCUGCCGAAGGCACCGUCUCUCACAGGGAAAGGGGCGUCGCCUCUAGAAACUGAGCACGACUGGGUCAACUGCAAAUGUCCCAGAUGUAAAGGCCCAGCGAGGCGGGAAACUGACACCAUGGACACAUUUGUGGACUCAGCCUGGUAUUAUUUGAGAUACACCGACCCUCACAACCCAAACAGGCCCUUUGAGCGCCACCUGGCUGAUCACUGGCUGCCCGUGGACGUGUACAUCGGUGGGAAGGAGCACGCCAUCAUGCACUUGUAUUACGCCCGUUUCCUCUGCCAUUUCUGCAGGGACCAAGGCCUUGUGGCUCACAGGGAACCUUUCCGGCAACUCCUGAUCCAGGGUCAGAUCAAAGGUCAGACUUUUAAACUGGCAGACAGCGGGCAUUACCUGAGGAGAGAGGAGAUAGACUUCACAGGUGAGGAGCCGGUGGCGCGGAGCGGCGGUCGUGUCGAGGUGACGUGGGAGAAGAUGAGCAAGUCGAAGCACAAUGGCCUGGACCCUCAGGAGGUGGUGCAGCAGUACGGCCUGGACACGGUUCGACUCUACAUCCUCUUCAGCGCGUCGCCUGAGCAAGAGAUCCUCUGGAACAUCAAGACCGACACUCUUCCUGGCGUUCUGCGAUGGCAGUCCCGGCUGUGGACGCUGGUGUCCAAGCUGAGAGAAGCGAGGACACUYGGGGACGUCCCCCAGCCCUCCCAGCUGACGAAGAAAGAGCUUGAAGAAGCCAGGAAGAUCUGGGAGACGAAGAACUAUACAAUCAAACAGGUGACCCAUCUCUUCACUGACAACUUUGUUUUCAACGCAGCCAUUUCUCAACUGAUGAGUCUCUCCAACACGCUGAACACUGCCACAGUGAGAAUGCUGCAACACAGUGUGGAGUUUGAGGAAGCUCUGGCCGUCCUGGUGAUGAUGGCAGCACCCAUGGCUCCUCACUUAGCCUCUGAACUUUGGACAGGUCUUUGUGCGGUGAAGAACCCCCUCAGCCCCCUCCUCCUGCAAGGAGGAGACGUCUUGCAGCAGCCCUGGCCAGCUGUGGAUGCCCAGUUUCUGGAGCCUGAGUUUGUGGAGCUGUCUGUGCUGAUCAACAACAAGCCGUGCGGGAAAGUGACGAUCCCCGUGCGUGUGUCCAAAGACUCCAGCCUGGUCCAGCAGCUGGUUCUGGACAGUCCCAUCGGACAGAAGCUGCUGAKCGAGCGCAACAUCAAGCGAGCCAUCCUCUCCCCCAGGACUGCCCUCAUGAACUUCCUCGUCGAUGAGUGACGUUUGGGCGGUUCCUUUUUUAAAAAAAUGCACACUCAGCACAAAUGAUGUGGACGUUUUAACAUCAUAACGGAGAGUGAAUAUCGGGUUGUCAUGAUCCAGAAUAAUUGUCUCUAAAGAUGUUUUAUUUAAACAUUUCUUUUUUUUAAUAAAAGAUACAACAAGAAA